AUGAAUCCCUUUCGAUGUUGCAUGCAGCUGUCCUACCAAGAAAAGCCAUUCCAUCCCAUGCGGAGAACCCCAGCAGCACACCGCAUCAUGUCCCAGCCCAUGCCAUCCCAAACAUACAGGACCAAGAAUAGCGUCAAGCACUGGAGGAACACCCAAGCUCCUGGAUUUCAGCGCCUCCAGCGGCCAGAGCAUACUCCCUUGAACCCUUCCCUUCUAUCGGACGGAAUCCUUCUCAAAGCACAACACGGUUCACGGACGGGUGCACGACCGUUGUGUUUCCGCACAUCUUGUUCGUCCGACUUGGUCAAGCUUCCCCGAACCUCCAGAGUCACUGCCAACGGAUAG